CUGCGUGUCUCGGAGUGCAAGCUUAUUGUCUGGCCAGACGUCACCACCAUCAUCACCACCUACACGGCAGCUGGCGGUCUGUUUGUCUUUGGUGUGUGUCUCCAACGGAGACAUGACAAUCUAUCUCGUAAACAACACGCGCGACGAUUUCACUGACCUUCGUUUUAAAACGGCACCUGUAUAUAAAUACUUCGUAAUAACCGCCUGUGACCAUUUCUCGGACAAAACUUUUAAUACUAAAUUACUGACGAGAAGAGAACCGCCCGUAUCGUCAUCAUGUCGCGAGUUAUGAUCGUCCUGUUUCUGACGCUCACCGUAGCCACGUUGACGUCGUCGCACCGGUACCGCUUCAUGGGCAUGCGGCCACAACGUCCGGCCGUCCCGUCGGCUAAUCAGCUGGCGCCUUUCUUCUCGUUCGUGGAGUCUCGGGUUCCCGGGAUCCUGAACGCCUUCGCGAACAUCGCUUCUCGAUUUCCCUACUACAUGAGGCGAUCGAUGACGUUCCAGCUCCUUGCGCGUGCCAUUAUGCAGGCGCAGGCGCAGGCGCAGCAACAGCAGCCACCGCAGGUGCCACAAAAUCCACUGCCGCUAGAACCGCCACAGCCACAACAGCCGCAGCAGCCACAGCCACAACAGCCGCAGCAGCAACAAGAGCCGGCUAUACAACUCGGCUAAUCAAUUGUUAGAAAUGUCUCUCCAAUAUGCAAGCAUUUUCGCCUCACAGAGACCGAGGCUAAACCUAGAAAAGAAGAAACCCGUUGCACGGAUUCUUUAAGUACUAUAUUGUAGAACUGUCCUUGUACUCAAGUAGCAAUAAAAUAUCGUGAAAUUA